CUGUCCUGGAGGCCGCUGAUGUAAUUGAUCCGGGUACUCUGGCGGGGAAGAUGGCGGCGGCGGGCGGCGGCGGGAAGGUCCCGGGCGGCAAUGGCGGCCUGGAGCCCGGCGAGGAGGACGAGGGGCAUAACCUGUGGUCCUCCAUCCUGAGCGAGGUCUCCACCCGCUCCCGCUCCAAGCUUCCUCCCGGCAAAAACCUCCUGCUUCUGGGAGAGGAUGGAUCGGGAAAAACUACACUCAUGGCUAAACUCCAGGGCGCAGAGCACAACAAGAAAGGGAGGGGGCUGGAAUAUUUGUAUUUAAAUAUACACGACGAAGACAGAGAUGAUCACACACGGUGUAAUGUAUGGAUUCUGGAUGGCGAGCUGUACCACAAGGGGCUGCUGAAGUUUGCGGUGUCUGGAGACAACCUGAAAAACACUUUGGCAGUCUUUGUGGCUGACAUGUCCAGGCCUUGGAGUGUCAUGGAUUCUUUGCAGAAGUGGGCCACUGUCUUGCGGAAGCACAUCGACAAACUGAAGAUCGCGCCAGAAGAGAUGAGGGAAAUGGAACAGAAAUUGGUGAAGGAAUUUCAAGAGUAUGUUGAGCCUGAGGAAGGGUCUCCGGGAUCGCCGCAGAGGAGAGGUCCCACAUCUGCUCAGGAUAGCGAGGAAGUGGUUUUGCCUCUCGGAGAGAACGUACUAGUACACAAUCUGGGCAUCCCAGUGCUUGUAGUCUGUACAAAGUGCGACGCAGUCAGUGUCCUGGAGAAGGAGCACGAUUACCGGGAUGAGCACUUCGAUUUUAUUCAGUCGCACAUUCGACGGUUCUGCUUACAAUACGGUGCUGCCUUGAUUUGUACAUCGGUGAAAGAGGAAAAGAACCUGGAUCUGUUGUAUAAAUAUCUCGUUCACAGAAUGUACGGUUUCCAGUUUACUACACCCGCCUUAGUGGUAGAAAAAGACUCUGUGUUUAUUCCCGCAGGAUGGGACAAAGACAAGAAAAUUGCUAUUUUACAUGAGAAUUUUGUGUCCGUGAAACCAGAAGAUGCAUACGAGGAUUUUAUAGUAAAGCCUCUGGUCAAAAAGCCUGUUCACGACAAAGAGGUGGCCGCAGAGGAUGAACAAGUCUUUCUGAUGAAACAGCAGUCACUCCUUGCCAAGCAGCCGGCCACUCCUUCAAGACCUGCAGAUUCUCCGAGACAACCUGGUGGCUCCCCACGGACCCCAAGGCAGCAAGUCGGGACCAACAUGGUGACGGCUGUCCCGCCCAUCACAUCGGGCACCCCGAAAGGUCCCGCUGCUGCCAAUGAAGGAGUGCUGGCCAACUUCUUUAACAGCUUAUUGAGUAAAAAGACAGGCUCUCCUGGGAGCCCAGGAGCCGGAGGAGGACAGAACGCAGCCAAGAAACCAGGACAGAAGCCGGUGUUGACGGACGUACAGGCGGAGCUCGACAGGAUGUCUCGAAAGCCGGACUCGGUGGUCACAACGAACAACUCGUCACCCACAGAAAACGAAGCCUAGGAGCUACGUCUGCACAACAUUGCAUAUUUAAUAAUAAAAAGAAGACCAAAUUAGACAGUGGGAGGUCAGGAGGUGUCUAAUGUGGCAGUGCUAUCAGUUUUUGUUUGAGGGCAUGAAGGCAUAAACCUAAUUUUAAACAACUCGUUGCAGGAUAUAACGUGUGUAAUCUGGAAAUGUCACCAAUUCCCCACGUCUGACAACAUCUUUAUAAUCCCAAACAUUUCCAGAGCUAAAGUUUCCCUAACCUUCCCCAACACAUUAGUACUGUGCGUGCGUGUGUAUGUCACAGGGGUUGGGGAGGAGUGGGGAGAAGGGGUUCGGGGGUGGGGCAAGACCCGAUAGCUUACAUUACAUCGUCAACUAAUCAUUGCAAAGGUGGAUUAGCAUCUGCAACUCGAGAGGUUCUUAGUAAAAACUUUACGUUCUUUUAUCAGUUUACCUGAGGACUGCUUGUUGAGGAGGGAGAGGCUGCGGGGUUAUUCGGACCACAGGUUAUGGGUGGGGGGGAGAGGGGGCCAGUUAUAAUAUGGAGGACAAGUCUUUGGUGAUUGGACUGAGGCUGAGUAUGAAAGGGGACCAGCGAGCAGCAAACCAGUGGAGGGGGUGGGGGGGAGAGAGCAUGGGAGGGGGUUAUAGAGAGAGAGAAUAGGAGGAGGAAGAAAGCAGGAGAGGGGCGAGAUGAGAAACGAGAGGUUGCUACCUAUCUGCUGCUCUGUAAAUAAC